AUUCGGAUUUUUUAAUUUGGAUUUUUUAAAAAAUAAAAUUUAGAUUUUAUCAAAUUUUUAUUGAGGAACUUUUUCCCUGAAACGGUGAGAAAAGGAUGCAGGUUGCUCCCAGCCCUGGAUCUACCUGCACCUUGAAGCAACUGAGCAAAAUCCUGCAGAAAACCUUGGAUUACUGAUUUUCUUUUCCUCUGACACUGAGCAAAUAUCCUUGCCUGUUAAUCCCGAGCCUCCAGCUCCCUCUUGAGCUCAGGUCACGGUGAUUAUACCGUUAAUCAAGGAGAGAAAUCUCUUCGAAAGGAGGGUCUUGAUCCAUCCCAACUCUCCACACAUCUCAUCCCCCGAUAAAUCAAAUUCAGCCCCAGAUUAACAAAAAAUUAAAAAAAAAAAAAUAAAAAAAAGAAGCACGAAGCCUCCCCCCAGUUUCAGUCUGAAUCUUCCGAGCACCGGAAAACCCAGAACCCCAAAAAACUCCCGCAGAGAGUUAACGGCGGACGAGGUUUUGACCGAUUUCCUCAAAAAGAAAAAGGCAUCGCUUCAGUACCGAGCGAGGUACCAGCGAGUUCCGGUGGCUUCUGCACAUGAAGGGCUCCCGAGUCUGCGCUGGUGGUCCGGGGGGCUCUUGGAAGAAAAGGAAAGUUAAAAAUAGGGCGGUCUGUGGUCAGCGGCUCAGCCCCGAGCCGUGAGAGAAACGAUUUCCUGUGCAAAAGGAGAAAUGAAAGGAACAAUAAAAGUAUUUUUGAAUAAAGGUAUUUAUAGCUGCACGUACAGCAGAGCAGGGUGGGGGUGUUGGAGUCGGGCGUUUGGGAAUGCUGAAGAAUCGGGAGGCGGAAUGAGCAGCAAAGGAUGAGCCAAGAAUUACUCCAAGCUCUGUUCCCCCGGCCGUGCCCUUCAAUUACUAGGAGUGAACCAACAAAUUAAAUACGCAUAUAAAUUAAAUUUAUCAAUUAAUAAAUUUAAAAGAAAUAAACUGAAAGCAGUGAAACAAGUCCUGUUCCUGAUUCAGAGCCCAAGGGCAGCCUUGGGGCAACCUCUCACUUUCCCCGGGUGUUUUUUGGGGGAGAAAGGAGUGGAGUGGUGCAUCCCAACCAAGCCGGUAAGUGAUGAAGGAAGUUUAAUUUCCAUUUAAUCUCCUUCCAAGGCGCUGCAAGCCUGGUGGGAAGGGGGAUUCUCUGUCCCGCUCCGGCUCGGCUGCGGCUGCGAUCCGGUGCCGAAGCCGGUGCCAGACAAGUCGUCGCCACACCCCAAAGCCGGCUGGUCCCAUCAGCGCAGCUUUCAGCUCGCCGGGGCACCGAGGCACCUGCAGGAAGCGGAGCAGCCCCGGGGAAGCGGCCGCGCCCCGCGCCCGGCCCCGCGGCCAUGGCCCAGCCCGGCCCCGCCGGGCAGCUCCGGGCCGAGGCCUCCUGCUCGCUGUGCCUCGGCCUCUUCCAGGAGCCCGUGUCCAUCCACUGCGGCCACAACUUCUGCCGGGGCUGCAUCGAGCGCUGCUGGCAGAGCUGCCGGGACUCCUUCGCCUGCCCGCGCUGCCGGGAGACGGCCCCGGAGCGCAGCCUGAGACCCAACCGGGAGCUGGCCAAGAUCAUCCGCAUCGCGCAGCGCCUCAGCCUCAGGGGGCGGCCCGGGGCAGGGGAGCGGCUCUGCCACAGGCACGGCGAGGCUCUGAAGCUCUUCUGCGAGGAGGAGCAGAGCCCCCUGUGCCGCGUGUGCCGCGAGUCCCAGGAUCACCGGCUCCACGCCGCCGUCCCCAUCGAGGAAGCGGCGCAGGAGCACAAGGAGAAACUCCAGGCUCACGCACAGAUCCUCAAGGACAGGAGAGAAAAGAUGCUGGGGCUGAAAGCGGCAGAGGAAGAAAAAAGCUUGGACUUGCUCGAGCGGGUGGACGCGGAGCGGCAGAGGGUCCGGGCCCAGGUCAAGGAGUUGCACCAGCUCCUGGAGGAGCAGGAGCGGCUCCUCCUGGGCCGGCUGGCAAAGCUGGACCGGGAGAUCGUGCGGAGGCAGGAGGAGAACAUCAGCAGACUCUCAGAGCAGAUCUCCUCUGUGGGCCAGCAGAUCCAGGAGCUGGAGGACAAGUGCCAGCAGCCACCCUGGGAACUCCUUCAGGACAGCAGAGACAUCCUCAGCAGGCUGGAGAAGCAGAGUGCCCCGGAGCCAGUGGAGACUUCACCAGAGCUGGCAGAGGAACCCACAGGGUUACCCCAGAAAAACGUCACCCUCAAAGAGAUGCUGAAGAAGUUCCAAGUCAGCCUGACGCUGGAUCCGGACACAGCCCAUCCCCGGCUUGCCCUGUCCGAGGAUGGGAAGUGUGUCUGGUGGGAAGACACCCGGAGAGCCGUCCCCGACCACCCCAAACGCUUCGACUCCUCGCGCUGCGUCCUGGGCCGGGAGGGACUCGGCUCUGGCCGGCACUACUGGGAGGUGCAGGUGGGCAACGGGGCCGCCUGGGCCGUCGGUGUGGCCAAGGAAUCCGUGCGCAGGAAGGGCCGGAUCAGCGUCAAGCCCGAGGUGGGGAUCUGGGCCGUGGGGCAGUGUGGGAGCCAGUGCCAGGCUCUCACAUCCCCCACCGUCCCCAUCUCCCUGCCUGAAGCCCCCGACGUGGUCGGGGUCUACCUGGACUACGAGGCCGGGCAAGUGGCAUUCUUUGAUUCCCAGAGGGAGAUCCUGAUGUUCACGUACCCUCCGAUGUCCUUUGGUGGGGAGCAGGUCCUGCCCCUGCUCUGCCUGGGCAGGGGGUGCCAGUUCACGCUGUCCCCGUGAUCCCCCCCCCUGUGGUGGGUCCCUCACCUGGGGGGGUUUCGGGGCAGAAACUUCCCCUUUCUCCAUCAUUUCUGACAAUGAGGAGCCACAGCUGGUUCAGAGAAAUGUUGAUUUGAGGGCUGGGAGAGACUUUCUGUGCCAGGGCUGUGAUGAGGGGGAGGAUGAGAGGGGAAAAGGAUGGAAAAUAAAAGGAAAUUGGACAAGGAAUGGGAAGAAUUGGUGUGAUCAGAACAAUCUGCUGGCACCUGAGCCAUUUCCUGGGACCUGGACAUCCAGAAGCCUGGAUAUCUUGGGUCCAUCAGCAUCAUCUCCUGGAUCCACCAGAGGCUGGAGCUUGGACUCGUGGGGUCUGUCAGGGUCAGAUCCUGGGGCGCUUUGGGGUCAGAUCUUGGGGUCCCAUCGGGGUCAGAUCCUGAGGUCCAUUCCGAUCAUGUCCUGGAGUCUAUGGGGGUCAUGUGCUGGGAUAUAUCUGGGUCAGGAUCAGAUCGUGGGAAGCAUCGGGAUCAAGUCCUGGAAGCGCUUGGGUCACACCCCGGAAUCCAGGAUCAGCUCCUGGGUGCCAUCGAGCUCAUCCCUUCCCAGUGCAGCCACCCAGGGCCCGCUGCCCGUGGCUCCCUGGUGGUCUAGUGGUUAGGAUUCGGCGCUCUCACCGCCGCGGCCCGGGUUCGAUUCCCGGUCAGGGAAUGGCCCUUUUUCACUAAAGCAGGGGUUUUUUUUUUGUUUUUUUUUUAAUCUCUUCAUGUUUAAACAUCUCCUAGCCCCUCAAACACCCCUUUUCUCCUCUUUUUGUGCCUCCUCCUCCCCGUGGGCCAUCCCCUUCCACCCGCCUCAGUGCCUUCUGUUAUUGAGCAACAGAUAAAUAAAUAAAUAAGCAAUAA